AUGGCGCUGGUCUCAGGGCUCAUCGCCUUUAUGGCUCUCAUCAUCUGCAGAAAACGGCAAGAGGAGUACUUUGAAUUACAUUGUGGCUACAGCAAGGCUUUCCAGGAUUCAGACGAGGAAAAGAUGCAUUACCAAAAUGGCCACGUAUCAUUUCCAGAAGCCAGAUUUUAUAUUGAUCCCCACACAUACGAGGACCCAUGCCAGGCUGUCCACGAGUUUGCCAGAGAAAUUGAAGCUUCCCGGAUCAAAAUUGAGAAAAUUAUUGGUUCAGGAGAGUUUGGGGAAGUGUGUUACGGCCGUAUGAGGCUGCCCGGCAAGCGGGACGUCCCCGUGGCCCUGAAGACUUUGAAGGUCGGCUACACUGAGAAACAGAGGCGAGAUUUUCUGAGCGAAGCCAGCAUCAUGGCCCAGUUUGACCAUCCCAAUGUCAUCCGUCUGGAGGGAGUGGUGACACGAAGUAAACCUGUAAUGAUCAUUACUGAAUACAUGGAGAACGGCUCUCUGGAUUCAUUCUUAAGGAGACACGAUGGUCAGUUCACCAUCAUUCAGCUGGUCGGGAUCCUCCGAGGCAUUGCUUCCGGCAUGACGUAUCUGUCGGAUCUCGGCUACGUCCACCGGGACCUGGCUGCGAGGAACAUCCUGGUCAACAGCAAUCUGGUCUGCAAGGUUUCAGACUUUGGCUUGUCGCGGGUGCUGGAGGAUGACCCAGAUGCAGCUUACACAACCACUGGUGGGAAGAUCCCGAUCCGCUGGACAGCUCCUGAAGCCAUCGCGUACCGCAAGUUUUCCUCGUCCAGCGACGUGUGGAGUUACGGAGUGGUGAUGUGGGAGGUGAUGUCCUAUGGAGAGCGGCCAUACUGGAACCUCACCAACAGAGAUGUAAUAAAGUCAGUAGAAGAAGGCUACAGGCUUCCAGCACCAAUGGGCUGCCCCGCUGCUCUCCACACACUCAUGCUGGACUGCUGGCAGAAGGAGCGCAGCGAACGGCCCAGGUUCUGCCAGAUCGUCACGGUCCUGGACAAGCUUAUCCGCAACCCAGAGAACCUCAAGUCAAUGGACACAUUGUGCAGCCCAUUGAUGAACAGAAGCAUUCCUGAUUUCACAACCUGCAGAUCGGUGAACGACUGGUUGGACACCAUCAAGAUGGGCCGCUACAAAAGCCACUUUGCGUCAGGAGGUUAUCACACGCUCGGUCACGUGAUGAGCAUGAAUCAACAUGAUAUCCAGAAGCUGGGGGUUACACUGAUGGGACAUCAGAAGAAGAUCAUGACCAGCGUCCAGGUGAUGCGAGCGCAGGUGUUAAACCAGAGCGUGCCGUCGGUGCACGUAUAAUCGCCUGCGGUGUCAAUAUAAAUACAUAAUCAUCUGAUGUGUGUGUUCGGGUCAUGUGUUACGAACUCUUAAAGACUCUCCUCUAGAAAGAGAAUUUCAAGAGGACUCUAAACUCCAAGGGUUUCCUUCUCGGCACUGGAUUUUUUUUUUUUUUAACGAAAAUCCCUGCAUUCUUUCUCCAAUAUUCUCUUGGAUAUUUUUUGUUCGUUUCUUCUUUCAGUAAGUGGAUAGCCCACCUUAAAGACCAUGGAUAAUUGAAAUAUCGGUGUAUAUAAAGGAUGAUUUGAUGAACGUCUCUGAUAUAUAGGUGAGAACCGGAGCACUUCACAAUUGAAACAGCAUUAAUGAGUCAAUGAGUGUUUCUAUUUAAAUAUUGACAAUUAAAAAAAAAAAAAAAAACUGAGAUGAAGCGAAGAAUAUAGUAUAAGUACCAAGGAUAUAAUCUAUAAUCUAUUAUCCAUUUUCCCAGCAGAGCUACAUAUCACACAUGGAAAAAUGCUGAACUGAAAUUAAUGAAUUAUUCCGAAAAUUUGUCCCAAUUUGCAUAACAAAGGAAAUGAAAGUGAUAUGUCA